GACGUCACGGGCGGCGAGCGCAGCGGCCAUUACACUGCGCGUGAGGAAGGUCGGAAGCGCGACGAAUCAACGGAAAAAUCAUCAACAGCAGACCGCGGAUACCGUCAAAAGACAUCUAUCAGUUACCACCAAAUCUAGAUAAAAAACACCAGUGACACGGGAUUUCGUGUUUAAUGAGCUGAUAUCCGAGGUUAACAGCGGUGUUUGGUGGCUGUGUUUCGAGAGUGUGGCAGCGCGCUCGCUGCUCGUUUAAUUAACGAAGAAUCUGUGAGGAUUACCACGGAAUCGCGCCGGUGAUGGAUGAUAAAGCGUUCACGAAAGAGCUAGACCAAUGGAUCGAACAGCUGAAUGAGUGCAAACAGCUGACCGAAAACCAAGUGAGAACACUCUGCGAGAAGGCUAAAGAGAUUCUCACAAAAGAGUCCAAUGUGCAGGAGGUGCGCUGCCCCGUCACAGUGUGUGGAGAUGUGCACGGACAGUUUCAUGACCUAAUGGAGCUCUUCAGAAUUGGAGGGAAGUCACCUGACACUAACUACCUGUUUAUGGGUGACUAUGUAGACAGAGGAUAUUACUCAGUGGAAACAGUCUCACUUCUUGUUGCACUAAAGGUUCGCUAUCCAGAACGCAUCACGAUAUUGCGGGGAAAUUUCACAGACCUCUUUGACUACCUACCCCUCACAGCUCUGGUGGAUGGGCAGAUCUUCUGUCUGCACGGUGGCCUCUCUCCAUCCAUAGACACGCUGGAUCACAUUCGUGCGCUGGAUCGUCUGCAGGAGGUGCCACAUGAGGGACCCAUGUGUGAUCUGCUGUGGUCAGACCCUGAUGAUCGCGGUGGCUGGGGAAUCUCUCCACGUGGAGCUGGUUACACGUUUGGACAGGACAUUUCUGAGACCUUCAACCACGCUAACGGCCUCACGCUGGUGUCCCGCGCUCAUCAGCUGGUCAUGGAGGGAUACAACUGGUGUCAUGAUAGGAACGUUGUCACUAUCUUCAGUGCGCCAAACUACUGCUAUCGCUGUGGCAACCAGGCAGCCAUUAUGGAACUGGACGAUACUCUUAAAUAUUCAUUCCUUCAGUUUGAUCCAGCUCCUCGACGUGGAGAACCUCACGUCACCCGCCGCACCCCUGACUACUUCCUAUAAGCGAGCACUGGCCUGCCAUGAAAGAGCUCUGAAGCAAGUGCAAAAUGAUGACAAAUCUAAACGUCUAUAUAUCUAUUCAUCCAAUGUGUAUAUAAAAUGGGAAAAAUGUUCUGACACUGCAACACUAACACGGACCAAAAUGUGCCAUACAAGCAUUUAAUGCCUAAAUCCAAUCGCUUUGUCUCAGUACUGCUACAAAGUGUCUCGUUUUAGCCUAUAGUGCAAAUUGCCUGCUGUAUACAAUAAAUAGAGAUGUUCCCUUCGUUCUUCAAUUGUAAAUUACUCUCGAGUAAAAAAAAAAAAAAGUGACUAGCUUUCUCUCACAGUAUCACUGGAUUAAAAAAAAGUCCUUUGAGUUGGCAAUGCCAGGCAUGUGAAAAACGGUAACAUUUUAUACAAGUGCACAAGCUAACAUCCUUUCCUGUAUCUUCACCAAAAAAAA